UGGGGGCCGACAGGGAGCCGGCUAAGGAAGAUGGGGGCCGCCCGCCCGCCCCUCGCGUGAGGAGGCCGAGGGGCGCGCCACCCCAUCCCGGGGCGGCCGCCCCUGGGGCGCCGCUAUCCCCACCCGACCUGGAGGUCGUGGCUGGGGAUGCGGAGCCGGGGGCUGCCGGUGGAGUUGCGCCGGGUGAGAGGCGCGGGGAGGGGCGGCCGUCUGCUGCCCUCGCCCUCGGCCCCCGCCGGCGGGCCCCGCGCGAUCCGGCCCUCUUUGCGCCCUGACAUCUGGGCGGACAGGUGAACCUGUCGCCCUUUCUGAACUGCCGAAUCCAAGGGGACGGCCCCGUCCUUUGAAAGAGGUUUUUUUGUUUGUUUGUUUUUUUUAAUCUUAUUUUUCCCCUCGCUCCAGCGGAGGCCCUUCCCCAGCCAUGGUCCCCAGGAGCCCUCCAGGGCCUGCAGGGACUGGCCCCCAUCCCGGCCUCGGGGCAUCGCGCCCAGCAUCCCGCGGGCAGCCUGCGUGAAGCGGCCACCCCCCGCAGCCCCCGGCCCCUCCCCCAUGGAGGAGGAGGAGGGGGCGGCGGUCAGGGAGUGGGGCACGACCCCCGCGGGGCCAGUGUGGACCGCUGUGUUCGACUACGAGGCGGUGGGCGAGGAGGAGCUGACCCUGAGGAGAGGCGACCGCGUCCAGGUGCUUUCCCAGGACUGUGCGGUGUCCGGCGAUGAGGGCUGGUGGACCGGGCAGCUGCCCAGCGGCCGUGUGGGCGUCUUCCCUAGCAACUACGUGGCCCCUGCUGCACCCUCUGCACCCGCGAGCCUCCAGCUGCCCCAGGAGAUCCCUUUCCAGGAGCUGCAGCUUGAAGAGAUCAUCGGUGUGGGGGGCUUUGGCAAGGUCUAUCGGGCUCUGUGGCGUGGCGAGGAGGUAGCAGUCAAGGCCGCCCGGCUGGACCCUGAGCGGGACCCAGCAGUGACAGCAGAGCAGGUGCGCCAGGAGGCCCGACUCUUUGGAGCCCUGCAGCACCCCAACAUCAUUGCCUUGAGGGGCGCCUGCCUGAGCCCCCCAAACCUCUGCCUGGUGAUGGAGUAUGCUCGGGGAGGUGCACUAAGCAGGGUGCUGGCAGGUCGCCGGGUGCCACCUCAUGUGCUGGUCAACUGGGCAGUGCAGGUGGCCCGGGGCAUGAACUACCUACACAAUGAUGCCCCUGUGCCCAUCAUCCACCGGGACCUCAAGUCCAUCAACAUCCUAAUCCUGGAAGCCAUUGAGAAUCACAACCUUGCUGACACGGUGCUCAAGAUCACAGACUUCGGCCUCGCCCGCGAAUGGCACAAAACGACCAAAAUGAGCGCCGCGGGGACAUACGCCUGGAUGGCUCCCGAGGUCAUCCGCCUCUCCCUCUUCUCCAAAAGCAGCGACGUCUGGAGCUUUGGGGUGCUGCUGUGGGAGCUGCUGACCGGGGAGGUCCCCUACCGUGAAAUCGACGCCUUGGCUGUGGCAUACGGUGUGGCUAUGAACAAGCUGACGCUGCCCAUCCCUUCCACGUGCCCCGAGCCCUUUGCCCGCCUACUGGAGGAAUGCUGGGACCCUGACCCACAUGGGAGGCCAGAUUUUGGCAGCAUCCUGAAGCAGCUGGAGGUCAUCGAGCAGUCAGCCCUGUUCCAGAUGCCGCUGGAGUCCUUCCACUCGCUCCAGGAAGACUGGAAGCUGGAGAUUCAGCACAUGUUUGAUGACCUGCGAACCAAGGAGAAGGAGCUGCGUAGCCGUGAGGAGGAGCUGCUGCGGGCAGCACAGGAGCAGCGGUUCCAAGAGGAGCAGCUGCGGCGGCGGGAACAGGAGCUGGCUGAGCGCGAGAUGGACAUCGUGGAACGUGAGCUGCACCUGCUCAUGUGUCAACUGAGCCAGGAGAAGCCCAGGGUCCGCAAACGCAAGGGAAACUUCAAGCGCAGCCGCCUGCUCAAGCUGCGGGAAGGCGGCAGUCACAUCAGUCUGCCCUCUGGCUUUGAACAUAAGAUCACGGUCCAGGCCUCUCCAACUCUGGACAAGCGGAAAGGAUCGGAUGGGGCCAGCCCCCCUGCCAGCCCCAGCAUCAUCCCCCGGCUGAGGGCUAUUCGCUUGACUCCCAUGGACUGUGGCAGCAGCAGCAGUGGUGGCAGCAGCGGUGGCAGCGGCACAUGGAGCCGCAGUGGACCCCCAAAGAAGGAAGAACUGGUUGGGGGCAAGAAGAAGGGCCGGACAUGGGGCCCCAGCUCCACCUUGCAGAAGGAGCGGGCUGGAGGGGAAGAGAGGCUCAAGGCCCUGGGGGAAGGAAGCAAGCAGUGGUCCUCAAGCGCCCCCAACCUUGGCAAAUCCCCCAAGCACACCCCCAUCGCCCCUGGCUUCGCCAGCCUCAAUGAGAUGGAGGAGUUCGCGGAAGCAGAUGAAGGCAACAGCGUGCCCCCUUCCCCCUACUCCACCCCGUCCUACCUCACGGUGCCGCUACCCCCUGAACCCUCUCCCGGUGCGCAGGCGCCAUGGGAGCCACCACCAGCUGUGCCCCCUGCCCGGCCCGGGCAUGGCACCCGGCGUCGCUGCGACCUGGCACUGCUGGGCUGCGCCACACUGCUGGGCGCCGUGGGCCUAGGCGCCGAUGUGGCCGAAGCUCGGGCAGCGGAAGGCGAGGAGCAGCGGCGCUGGCUAGACGGCCUCUUCUUCCCGCGUCCCGGCCGCUUCCCGCGGGGCCUCAGCCCACCUGGGCGCCCCAUGGCACGCCGGGACGACUCAGCCCCCGGCCCGGGCCUGGCGCCCUCGGCCACUCUCGUGUCGCUGUCCUCGGUGUCUGAUUGUAACUCCACGCGUUCCCUGCUGCGCUCCGACAGCGACGAGGCUGCUCCCGCUGCGCCCUCCCCGCCUCCCUCCCCGCCCGCACCCUCGCCCUCACCCAGCAGCAACCCCCUGGUGGACCUGGAGGUGGAGAGCUUCAAGAAGGAUCCCCGCCAGUCUCUCACGCCCACCCACGUCACCGCGGCGCGCGCCGUCAGCCGAGGACACAGGCGGACGCCGUCAGAUGGAGCGCUGGGGCAGCGGGGCCCAGAGCUCAGCAGCCACUGCCCGGGCCCUCGAGACCCCCUGGAUUUCCCCCGCCUGCCUGACCCCCAGGCCCUGUUCCCCACCCGUCGCCGACCCCUGGAGUUUCCUGGCCGUCCCACUACCCUGACCUUUGCCCCACGACCCCGGCCAGCUGCCAGCCGUCCCCGUCUGGACCCCUGGAAACUGGUGUCCUUCAGCCAGAUACUCAGCAUCUCACCUCCUAGCAGGCCAGACACUCCAGAGAGCCCCGGGCCUCCCAGUGUACAGCCUACACUGUUGGACAUGGACAUGGAGGGCCAGAGCCAGGACAACACAGUGCCCCUGUGUGGGGCCUAUGGCUCUCACUGAGAGGCCUGCCUACCACCGCCCGCCUGGGCAGCCAUGAAUGUAGCGCCCCAGGCCCCGCCACAGCCCACCAUGCCCCACGGUGGGGGAGGCCCUGGGCAGGAUACUCUAUUUAUUGGGGAAGGGUGGAGGGGAGGACACUUAAUUUAUUCCUUUGUACCCCAGGGGGUGGAGCCCUGAGCCCACCCUGUAGUGGGGGGGAGGGUAGGCAGGGAUACUCAGGGACAGGGCAUCAUGGGGGAUUUGGCACAAAACACAGAAUUAAAGGUAACCCCUGCCCCCUACCAGGCUUGGCUGUGUGUGUUCCCCAGCCUGGUCCCUGAUGUUGGUUCAUCUGUGAAGGAACACCCUUA